AUGUCUCUGGCUACAGCCUUUGUUUCGAACGAGGAGCAAGAAUUGGUGCGCAAUUAUAUUGACAGCGUUCUCAUCGAUCUACUCAAUCAAUUGUCCCUAUUCCCAUCCGAAGGACAGCCAUCGAUCACCCUGCGCUGCAAACCACGUGCAGCAACAUGUAUGAUCAAUUCACGCAAUGGUGCUCUAGAGGCAGGUCGCAAUGAUAACGCAUACCGCUCAUAUUCCUGGCCGGGACGUACGGCAUACGAGUCAUGGAAAUUCACGAUGAUUCUUCGAGUAUUGGCUAUCAUUGAUCAGACUCUGCGUACAGGACAGUUGAUUUCGAAAAGAGACAUUUAUUAUAUCGACCCAGCAUAUUUCAAAUCGCAACAGACAGUUAAUUGCGUCAUUGAUGACCUUGCCUUCACCAUUGGCGUUGACCGAGCAGCGUUGAAUGUCGAAGCAGCCAGCAAAGGUUUGGUAGCAGGAUGCUUUCGUCUGAAACGUGAAUCGUCCAUAGUUUUGGAUGCGAACGGCAGACAUGACACCACCAUUCCCAGAAUUCAGGGCAGUGACGAGAUUGACAUUUCCGGUGCUCGGUGGAUUUUCAUCAUUGAAAAAGAGGCAGUUUUCCAUCGAUUGGUGCGAAGCAGCUAUUCCAAGCGGGCCAUCAUGGGCGACGGAAUAUUGAUAACAGGCAAGGGAUAUCCGGAUAUCAGCACUCGCGAGUUUGUACACCAACUCUUAGUCGCUUCCAGCAAAUACGCCAGACCACCUCGCUUUUAUGCCUUGGUUGACGGGGAUCCUCACGGGAUAGCCAUAAUGUCAACAUACAAGUAUGGGUCAAUCGCGCAUCUUCACGAUAACGCAAGGCUGAGCCUGCCAGGCAUGGCAUGGUUGGGAUUAAAAGUCGCAGAUGCCAUACUGGCAUCCGAAUCAUCCGGUGCCAGUGAGGUCCUCUCUCUUACCCCAAGUGAUCGAAGAAAGGUCCUCGCCAUGCUUCGCAAUAAUCCGGUGUGGUCCAAUAAUGGACCAGAGCCCGAAUGGCGUUCGGAGUUACAGCGCAUGUUAUUUUUGAACAUCAAAGCGGAGAUUGAAAUGCUUUAUGAGCGCGAUGGCGGGCUCGAGACGUGGAUUGAUCGGAAACUCUUCCGCCAGGAGUGA